CUUUGGGACCAUGCGGAGACGGCAGUCUGACGGUCCUCCCCUCUUCCCAUCUCUGCAGCCUGUGAACGGAAGUAGGAGGAGAGAGCUGACGGGAGGGGGAGAUGAGAGUGGGCUGCCUGCUAUCUUUUGCAUACACACACACACAUACACACACAUACACACAUUUCCAUCAGCAUCCUUUGGAUGGAAACAUGCCACAGCUGUAGUCAGCCAGGAUGCACAAAGCAAAGAGAGGGCCGGCGGCCGCAGGUACAUGACGGUACAUGGAGCCUCGCCGCUGGGAGAUGCACCACAAUUUCAUCCUCCAUCCAAACCCACAGCAGCAGGAAAUGUUCUCAUUCAGGGACAAUGGUGUUGGAUGGCAGAUAUGAGGAAAUUGUGCAUGAAAACAAUUAUUAAAAAGCUCCAGAACCUCAGGAUAUCCUCGUAACUGCAGGGCAGCUUCUGACCUAAUUUCCCAGCCGCUAUCCUCUGGCCGUACUUCCUGGCAGUGAAGGAUGGGUGAUGGGUCAGUGACGGACCCUGUCUGCCCGCCUCAUCGCACCCUCCAAUGGAGCCAGCGUGGAACUCCAGCCGCCUGCUUGCACCGCUCCCGCCCAACGCAUCUACCUCAACCGUGGCUGUGGGCUGGCCUCCCUCCCAGUGGCUAGCCCUGGUAGCCAUGCUGCUCAUGGAUCUGCUGGCUGUGGUGGGCAACGCGGCCAUCAUGGCAGUCAUCGCCAAGGUGCCGCAGCUUCACAAGUUUGCCUUCGUCUUCCACCUGUGCUUGGUGGACCUGCUGGCGGCCCUGGUGGUUAUGCCCCUAGGCAUGCUCUCCAGCAGAGCCUUCUUAGGGGAGGCGCUGUGCCAGAGUUACCUCUUCCUCAGCGUCUGCCUGGUCAGUGCCGCAAUCCUGUCCAUCUCAGUCAUUAACGUGGAGCGCUAUUAUUACAUCAUCCACCCUAUGCGCUACGAGGUGAAGAUGACCGUGGGCUUGGUAGCGUCGGUGCUGGUGGGGAUAUGGGUCAAAGCCUUGGCCAUGUCCGCUUUGCCGCUGCUAGCUUGGCUCCUGCAAGGUGCAAGAACUCCCCUCCUGGAUGGUAGUGGAGGAGGCGGGGCGGUCCCGUCUCCUGGUCCUAGUCAGGGUCACCGCCGCUGCUCGUUGCACUGGACAGGGGGCGGUUCAAACCGUUUGGCGUUCAUGGUCCUCUUCACACUGCUGUACUUCCUGUGUCCUCUUUUAGUGAUAUUUGUUGUGUACUGCAACAUGUUUAAAGUAGCCCGCGUAGCCGCCAUGCACCACGGGCCUCUACCCACUUGGACGGACACGCCUCGCCGCCAAAGAUCAGAGUCACUUAGCAGUCGUUCUACGAUGGUCACCAGCUCCGGGACUGGGACAGGGAGGGAGACCCCGCAGAGGCCCUUUGGGGGUGGAAAGGCGGCGGUGGUUUUGGCCGCUGUAGGCGGGCAAUUUCUUUGCUGCUGGCUGCCCUACUUUUCUUUUCACUUGUACUCUGCUUUGGCCGCCAGCCCGCCUGCGGCGCUGGCCUCUCUGGAGGAGGCGGUCACCUGGAUCGGGUACUUCUGCUUCACGUCCAACCCUUUUUUCUAUGGCUGUCUCAACAGACAGAUCCGGGAGGAGCUGGGCAAACAUCUGCCUUGCCUGUUUCGUCGAGCCGGGAUGGAGGAGGAGGACAGGCUGGCUAGCCGCGAAGGCUCCAUCGAGGAGAACUUUCUCCAGUUUCUUCAGGGCACUGGCUGCAACAUAGAACCUCAGAACUCGCACAGCACCUCCAGUCCGAAGGGGGAAACGUGCCGGCCAGUCCCUCAGUCCCAAGCGCCUGAUACGGCACAGCCGCUACCGGUUGAUUUCCGCAUACCUGGACAAAUUGCAGAGGAGACGUACGAGUUCAGUGAUACAGAGCCGGCAAAAAACAAUCACAUACGUACUGACGAUUAAAUCUAAUUUAUCAUUGAUGCGAUCAGGGGUAAACACACUGACAACUAUAUACACCGAUUAAACGACCACAUGCACAGUUGAAUGAAAUCCAAUAGGACAGGGGUGUUCACAGUGUGGCCUGGGGCCCAUUGUAUAUAUUAAAGUAAAACACUUCCCGCAAACUGAAAACAUCCAGAAUUCCCCUAGAUUGGCACCUCGGAACCAAAAUAGCCGAUUUCUUACUCUUUGUUCAAGCCUUCAUAAAAUUUAAGUUGCCGGAAUAUAAUAAAAAUAUUAGUAAAGAAUAGACAAAAAAGAUUUAAAGAGGUGACCCUACCCUCUUCAAAUUUUCAGUGGAAAAGUUUAAGACACCCUUGCAACAAGAGUAAAAAUAUGAUAACUGUCUCUGAGCAUGGUGCAGUUACAUCCCCGCUCACCCCUAUAAUAAGCAUACAGUAUAUUUAUUUUAAGGCCCAAGCAGGUUGAUUUUUUGUAUUGUCUCUCAUUAGAGGGGUGCAAGUGUAUCUAAUAUUGAGGCCAGUCUACAGUCGUUGCACUUUGUCUCAUCAAUUUUUGGACAAUCCGUGAAAAUGAGGAUACAAUUACACAGAAGCGUUUGCUACGUAUCGUUAAUACAAUUAAAAAAGGCUGCAUUUUCUCUCAGCUCUGUACAGUAAAUUGACAUUGAUGUUAGUAUUAUUUAUAUUUCCGUUAUAAAACUGAGAGGCUUGUCUCUGAUUAGUAGCGUCAUCUCUGUGAAUUAAGAGCUACUUUGUGUUGACGUGCCGCCUUUUAGGAUAUAUUAUUACUAUGUUGAUUAUUUUGUAAACCAUUCUUUCCUCACUAAUAGAAUUUGGUGGCCGACCGCAAUGUCCAAACACUCCAAACACAUAAAUAAUCAAAAAACUAAAACACGCAAUCAGCAUGAAACAAAUUUAACGGGAAAAUGCUGCAAUGACAAACACUGCUAGAUCCAAAAGCAGCAAGUGUCAAAAACCACACACAAACCCCCAAUAUAACCAUGCAACAGAAAGUCAGGCAUGCUACCAGAAAGUUAAGCAGGCUGCCAGUAGGUUAACCAUGCUAACAGGAAGUUAGGCAGGCUAUCAGGAAGUUAACCAGGUUACCAGGAAGCUAGUCAGACUACCAGGGAGUUAAUCAGGCUAAUACAAAGUUAGCCAGACUAUCAGUAGGUUAACCAGGCUACCAGCAUGUUAGCUGGGCUACCAGAAAGUUAACCAGGCUACCAGGAAGUGAGCCAGACUAUCAGAAAAAGUUAGCCAGGCUCCCAGGAAAUCAACAAUGCUACCAGGAGUUAACAAAGCUAACAAGAAGUUAGCUAGACAACAAUGAGCCUGAAUACCAGGAAGUUGGCUAAACUGCUAUGAAGUCAACCAGUCUACCAGGACAUUAGCCAGACUAUUGAGAAUUGAGACAGACUACCAAGAAGUUAGCCAGGCUAUUAAGAAGUUAGCCAAAUCACAAGGGAGUUAACCAGUCUACCAGGAGUAUACCAGGAAGUUAGCCAGACUAUUGGGAAGUGAGACAGGCUACCAAGGAAUUAGCCAGUCUACCAGGAGUGCCAGAAAUACGGGGAAAUGCGUGUUUAAAUACCUAAGAUGUAAUAUUGUACUGAGCAGAGAGCUCAAGUGCUUCACAAAGUGCAUCUGCGCCAAUGUCUUUAAAGACGGAGAUCCCAAAGGCCUGGCUGACUUCCUGGUAGCGUUGUUAAUUAUCGUCUGGCUAACUUCCUAAUAGCCUUUCUAACUUCCCGGUUGCCUGGCCAAUUGUUGUCUAGCUAACUUCCUGGUAGCCUGGCUAGUUGUUGUCUAGCUAACUUACCGGUAGCCUGGCUAAUAGCCUGGCUAAUUGUUGUGUAGCUUACUUCCUGGUAGAUUUGCUAAUUGUUUUCUAGCUAACUUCCUGUUAGCCUGGUUAAUUGUUGUCUAGCUCACUUCCUGGUCGGCUGUCUAAUUGUUUUCUAGCUAACUUCCUGUAAGCCUGGCUAAUUGCUGUUCUUUUUAGUUUUUGGAUGGUUUGGACUUUGUUACAAGUUUGAUCCUCUCGGCCACCGUAAUGAUGCCUCAUUCUGCAACUCAGUCAGGCAGACAUACUGUAAAUCACACACUUUGUAUCCAUAUUCAUUGCUCUGAUUUACUUUCUCACUGCUACUAUUUGUUUCAUGAUGUUGAGUCCCCUACUGCUAAGGACACAUAUGUUGAGACUCAAUUCUCUCUCGACACAGUAUUUCUUUUUUUAUGUGUUAAAUGACGAGUUUGGUGAAUUUAGGUGUGUGUUUUGUGUGUAUACUGCAAAACCUUUAUUUGCUUUUCAUCUGUGAGUGUUUUGCAUUCGAUUGCAAUGUUUUGUUUGACCUGUCGCUGCCUUCUUUGUGAGAUAAUCACCAUGGAGGAGAAACGUGUUUAGUUUCUUUCCCGUGCUGUCAUACAUCAGGUAUGAUAAAUAUGAUAAGUAUACAUGCAGAGAUGAUCAACAAAAGCAGGUGCUUUAUUAACAUGGAUACAGGGUAAUUAAAACAUGUUGUCGUUUAGGAGCGGAGAAUCGUGUGUGAGUAUAUUGCAUUGUGAAUGAUAUGGAGCGUUUAUAGUAGGUUUUUUUAAUGUAUUGUUUGAAGAGGAAUUAAUUACUUGCACUGUUCUGCAGGAAUCUGAACGUGUGUCGAAAGUGUGCGGAUGGAAGUUGAGUCGGUCAAAGAUAAAGUUGUAAUUAAAGAGUUUCUAUGUUUGUUAAAGAA